UCAUCUCAUCGGUCAUCCUCUCCAUAUUUUAAGGUUAUAAACUGAAACAGUCUUAAUUUAAAAAGCACUACCUUUUGUGGCUAAUAAUGGGUUCGGCAAGAUACGAUAGAGCUAUUACAGUAUUUUCACCAGAUGGACAUCUUCUUCAGGUGGAAUAUGCCCAAGAAGCUGUGCGCAAAGGGUCAACAGCAGUGGGGGUAAGAGGAGCCGACGUAGUUGUCCUUGGAGUUGAAAAAAAAUCUGUUGCGAAAUUGCAAGAAGAAAGGACCGUGAGGAAAAUUUGUCUUUUGGAUGAUCAUGUUGUUAUGGCUUUUGCAGGACUAACGGCGGAUGCUCGAAUAUUGAUAAAUAGAGCGCAAGUGGAGUGUCAAUCGCACAAACUGACAGUGGAAGAUCCUGUGACAUUGGAGUACAUUACUCGAUAUAUUGCAGGAUUAAAGCAGAAAUACACCCAAAGUAACGGAAGACGACCGUUUGGCAUUUCUUGUCUGAUUGCUGGAUUUGACUACGACGGCAAACCUCAUCUCUACCAAACUGAGCCUUCUGGCAUCUACUAUGAGUGGAAGGCUAAUGCGACUGGUCGAAGUGCCAAGACUGUGAGGGAGUUUCUAGAGAAGCACUGGACAGUGGAUGAUGUCGCAACAGAGAAAGGCACUGUAAAGCUGGCCAUCAAAGCCUUGCUGGAGGUGGUCCAGUCAGGACGCAAGAACCUGGAGAUAGCUGUGAUGCGGAGAGGCCAGCCUAUGCAGAUGUUGAACGCUGAUGAAAUUGAGGAAUACGUCACAGAAAUCGAAAAAGAGAAGGAAGAGGAAGCCGAAAAGAAGAAGCAGAAGAAAUAAUUGUUCACAAACUUAAUUUUACAUUACGCUGUUCUAAUACAUUUUCUAUAAUAUUCAA